AUGGCGCAGGUGUUCGGGCGGAAGCUCUGGCUGGUGGGCCCCCCGGGGGGCGACAUCCCCGCCCACGCCUACGCCGCCCCGUGCCGGCAGCGCGAGGGCUUGCGAGAAAGCCCCGCCGCCCCUCGCCCCCCCCCCCUGGGGCUCGCCGCCGGUGGUUGCCUCUUCUUCUUCUGCAUCGCCGGCCCCGCGGACGUCGUCUACGUGCCCGACCGCUGGGCGCACGCCACCUGCGGCCUCGGCGCCUACAACGUCGGCGUCGGCUUCGUGGGCUCGGUGGAGCCGCUGCCCGCCCUGCACGGCGCCGCCGUGCGGGGGCGCGCGCGCGACGCCCGGGCGGCCCUCGCCCUGGCGGGGCCCAACCUGAGCUGCGGCCCUGCUGGCGGGGAGCUGCUGGGCGGUGGUGGGCUGUCCGUGAUGCAGUGGGCCGCGUGGGCGGGCCACACGCAGGCGAUGAAGCUGCUCGGCCUCCACUGCGCCCACGCGCGCGGGCGCCAGGCGGCCGACGAGCCGCGCGCGCUCCAUUGGGCGGCUGCCCGCGGCCACGCGCGGGCGACCACCUGGCUGCUGCGGCGCGGGGUGCCGGCGGACGCCCGCGACGACGGUGGCGCCGCGCCGCUGCACUGGGCGGCAGCGGCCGGGCACUCGGCGGCUGUCUCCGCGCUGCUGCGGCACGGCGCCGGCCCCGACGUGGCCGACCUCGCGGGCGCCAGGCCUGUGCACUUUCUCGCCGGCGAGGGGCACGCCCACGUCCUGGCGCGCUUGGCCGCCGCGCGGGCGGACUUGGACGCGCGGGACGACGACGGCCUGACCCCCGCCCACGCCGCGGCCCACUUCGGGCACGGGGAGCUGCUGGCCGCCCUCGCGGCGCACGGGGCGGAGCUGGACGCGCCUGGGCCCGGCGGGCUGCGCCCCGUGGACGUCGCCGAAGGUCGAAGAAUGACCAACGGGCGGCACAAGGGGCAGCCCAACGCCCACACGCCGACUGGAACAAGGGCACAGAACGAGCAACCGGGGAGCAACGGCAAAGGCAAGGGCCACAUCCCCGAAACUUGCGACGAGCACACCGACGACAGCAGCCAACAACUGAAGGGCAAGGAAAAAGUUGAGACCGGCAGGGGCAAUCAACAGUCUGACCAAGACGAGGGUUCACUUGCGAAAACAAAAAAGCAGCGCGACGACAACCAGGAGUACAGCGGCUACGCCAACAUGACCAUGAUCAACAUCCUGUCCAUGCGCGAGUUCUACGAUACCCGGUGUGUCGAGGCUUGCCUGCUCUUCUGGAUACUGCCCACGAUGCUCAUGUUAUGUUUCAAGCGUCAGCCACUUUGCAACCUGCAACGCAGGGGGGCGGUCGAACUGAAGAUCUUCCAGCGCGUCUAUCCGGAGAGGCUGCCGUCCGAGGGGAGAUGGGCCAAGGUCGAGCAGGCCGGCACAGGUGCGUUCACCAGUUCGCCAGCGUACCGCAGUGGGCUCGGCAGCAGCUACGGGGCCAGCGGCAUGUAUGGCAGCGGGCUCGCCAGCGGCUACGGCGCCAGCGGCAUGUAUGGCAGCGGGCUCGCCAGCGGCUACGGCGCCGGCGGCGCGUACGGCGGCGGCUAUGGCGCGGGGGGGGCUGGCGCCGAGUGCUGCGGGGUCGCCUGCGGCGGCGCCGGCGCGGAGGGGGGGCACACCUCGCUGUCGUACGUGGGCGCGGGCUGUGGCGACUACGCGGCGGAGACGUCCUACCGCUAUGUGGGCGCGGGUGCGGGCGAGUUCGGGGUCCUGAGGCUGCCGGCGGGAGGGCCCAAUUGCUGCGUCUGCAUCGUCGUCCCAUUGUUGUUGUCCCUCUUGGCGCUUCCUCUGCUCGUCUGGGCGCUGAUGGGUUCUACUAGCACGACGACGACGACCACAUCGGCGGUCACUCUGCCUCCAGUGUUCACGACACCUCCGCCCGACGUGGUCCCAACGACGACCACGUCCAAGACAACGACCAAGAGGACCUUUCCGCCCCCACCGCCGCCGCCACCGCCGCCGCCGCCGCCCCCGCCGCCACCGCCGCCACCCCCGCCGCCACCCACAACCACCAAGAAGAAGGUCGACUGCGGUGAGGGCGACCCCCUGUCGUGGGAUAUCCCGAAGAAGGUGACAUGCUGCCUGCAAGCCGGCAGGGGCUGCCCCACGACCCCGCCGCCGCCCCCGCCGCCGCCCCCGCCGCCCCCCCCGCCGCCGCCCCCGCCGCCACCACCCGCGCCCGUGGCGCCACCUCCGCCGCCCCCUGCGCCCACAGCGCCGCCUCCGCCCCCACCCCCACCGCAGCCAGUCUCGGAGCCGUACGAUUGCGCCGCGGGCUACUCCAAUUGGGAGGCGGGCUGGUCCGUGCCGAAAAAAGUGUGGUGUUGCGAGAACAAGAAGAUGGGUUGCACGACGACCUUGGUUCCGGAGCAGGUGCUCGUGCCUGGCCCAGCCGCCACGACGUCCGAGCCGUACGACUGCGCAGCCGGUUUCGCAAAUUGGAAGGCAGGCAGGCUCCGCAACCCCGCUCGCGCCCUGCCGAAGGCAGGCGCGCGAGGCCACCUGCCCCUCGGCGGCAGAGCUGCUUCGAGGCAGCGUGCGCUCGCGCGGGACGCGCUGUGGGUUCCCAAAGUGGCCCCCCGGCGCCCGCAGGUCCAAGUCCGAGGCACCCGAUGUUCGAUGCGUGCAUGCCACACUAUAGAACGAUUCUCGCCCACCGGCACCGGCACCGGCACCGGCACCGGCGCCGGCACCGGCACCGGCACCGGCACCGGCACCGGCACCGGCACCGGCAUUGGCGCCGGCACCGGCACCGGCACCGGCACCGGCACCGGCACCGGCACCGGCACCGGCACCGGCACCGGCACCGGCACCGGCACCGGCACCGGCACCGGCACGGGCACCGGCACCGGCACCGGGCACGGGGCGCCCGCGGUCGCCAACGAGACGCCCACGGGCGGGCGCCGGGCCACGCCUCGGCGGACCCACCGAGCGCCCGCGGGGCGCCCACGGGCGGGCACCCCCGAGCUGUGGGCGGACCCGCCCAGGGCACGAGGCGUCCACGGGCGGGCCGCGGGCGCGCUCCCGGGCGCCUUCUGCCUGCCCUACAACGCGCCGCGGCCCCGCCCCGCCGCGCGCUUGUGCGUGUCGGACCUCGGGGUCCACCUCACGGACACGGUGAGGAGCCCUCGGGCCGCGGCGGCAACCGCGGGCGCCCUCGCGUCGCGCGCCCCGUGGGUGGCCAGCGCGCCGCCGCGCAGCGGGCGCGAGCGGCGCGGCGGCCGGCAGGGCAGGCGCGCGGCGACCGUGCUGGCGGCCUCGUCGGCGGCGACCGUGCUGGCGCUCCAGGUCGGCGUUUGGAAGGCGCGGUUCAAGGCGAAGUUGCGGAGGGCCCAGCGCCCCCCGCAGGACAAUGACGUGUCAGACUUCGACCUGAACGUGUUGCCCCCGAUCUUGCCCUCGCGGUUGCCCGCUGGCCACUCCCAGACGGCCUCGCGCCGUGUGUGGCGCAAGAUCGUUUAUUGGGCGAGGAGACACGACAGAGCCAAGCACGGCACCGUUGACCGGCUGGCGGGGGUCGGAACCGAGGGCGGCGUCCUCGACAAGAUUGUUGUCUAUGGCGGAGGUGCGUUCGGCACCGCGUUGGGCACGCACUUGGCGCGAAAAGGCUACGCCGUCCAUAUGGUUGUCAGACGGCCUGAAGUUCGGGAUUUUAUUAACAGGAAGCACAUCAACCCGAUGUACUUUCCAGAAUUUGAUUUGCCGCCGAGCCUCCAAGCCACGUGCGAUCCCACCGAAGCGCUGAAUGGCUGCACCACCUUCGUGCACGCGCUCCCGGUGCAGAUAUCUCGCAAGGUGCUCGGCGAGAUCCGGCACUCCCUGCCCCGCAACAUCCCGGUCGUUGCGGCGUCCAAGGGCGUGGAGAUGAAUUCGAGGAUGCUGAUGGCCGACCUCAUCCCGGAGGCCCUGGGCCGCGACAACGGCGAGAACCCCGUGGUCAUCGUCUCCGGGCCCUCCUUCGCCUUGGAGAUCAUGGACAAGCGGCCGACGUCUGUUGUUGCGGCUUCGCAAGACCCAGUUGCUGGGGAGAGAAUUCAAAGAUUAUUCACCUCGCACUAUUGUCGUGUCAGCCUGACCGACGACAUGAUAGGGGUCGAGAUCGCUGGGGCGCUGAAGAACGUGCUGGCGAUCGCCGCGGGGAUCUGCGAGGGCCUCGGCCUGGGGCUGAACGCCAUGUCGGCACUCGUCACGCAGGGCAACGCGGAGAUCCGGUGGCUGGCGACCGCCAUGGGCGCGAGACCAGAGACCGUCGCCGGGCUGGCUGGCAUGGGCGACAUCCUCCUCACCUGCUUCGGGAACCUGUCGCGCAACCGCACGGUGGGCGUGCGCAUUGGGCAGGGCAUGACCGUUGAGCAGGCGCUGGCCGGCGGAGGCGGCACGUCCGAGGGCGUCUUCACGGCGAGGCUGGUGGUGGAGCUCGCAGAGCAGCACCGCGUGAUAAUGCCAGUCCUGACCUCUGUCGCGCGGGUCCUCAACGAGGAGGCUUCACCGCGGCAAGCUGUUUACGAGGUCAUGUCGCUUCCCACAAUGGAGGAGAGUGCUUGA